UGGCGAGGUCACUUCUCCCCCUCAGCUCCACCCCACCCCACCCACCCAGUCCGCCCCCGUCGCUCUCACGCUCUUCGUGCUCGCCGCCUCCCUUCGCGUGCUGCCUCAUGGCUUCCAUCGCCGGAUCUGCCGUCUCCUUCGCCAAGUCCGUCAAGGCAAUCAACACGAAUUCACUCUCUUUCUCCGGUGCAAGGAGGGGCAAUGCAUUUCUUCGCCUGCAGCCAGUGCCAAUGAGAUUUGCUGUUUGCUGCUCAGCAAAGCAGGAUACAGUGGAGAAGGUUUGUGAAAUUGUUAAGAAGCAGCUUGCUGUUCCUGAAGGCACUGAAGUUUGUGGUACCACCAAGUUCUCUGACCUUGGAGCUGAUUCACUGGACACGGUUGAGAUUGUGAUGGGCCUUGAGGAGGAGUUCCAGAUCAGCGUGGAGGAGACGAGCGCGCAAGCAAUUGCCACAGUUGAAGAUGCGGCCACGCUCAUCGACAAGCUUGUCUCUGCGAAGUCAUCCUGAAGGGAGGUCGUACGGAAUGAUUGGAGCUCGUAAGCUAGUAGUCCUACCUUGGGUUGAUCCUUGUUGUUCGUUAUUAUAUGGUGGGUUGGUGAUUUUCUCAGGACUAUUGUCUCCUGCUGUGUGUAAUAAGAUAAUUGGUGAAGUAUGUAAGCUGUUGAACAUCUAAGUUCCUAGUUUUCGUGCGGC